CCCUGAGGCGGGCGCCCUCCGCGUGACGUCACUUCCGGGAGCGGCGGCAACCCAGCCCCUCCCUCCUCCUGGCGAGGACCCUGGGCCCGCGGCCCGCGCCGAGGCGGGCGAGGAGCCACUGUUUUCUGGAAGGGGUCACAGAGUGAAUUCCUAAGAAGAAAAUAAUGCAUUGCUUAUUACUUGUUCUCUAAUUGUUCGGACUCAGAAGUGUGCAAGUUUGUUACAAAAGCCAAAAGAAGAUGGCAACUCCUUAUGUUCCAGUUCCUAUGCCCCUAGGGAACUCUGCUUCCAGUUUUGCAACCACCAGAAACCAAAGAAGUUCUUCUUUUGGGAGUAUCUCAACAAGCUCAAAUUCUUCCAAAGGCCAGCUAGAAGACUCAAAUAUGGGUAAUUUUAAACAGACCAGUGUAUCUGACCAAAUGGAAAGCACUUCAUCUGUCUGUAGCAGUCCCCUCAUUAGGACUAAAUUUACAGGUGCAGAUUCUUCCAUUGAGUAUUCUGCUAGACCAAGAGAAAGUGAAGAACAAAGUCCUGAAACAGUGAAUUUUGAAGAUAGACCUUCAACACCUAUUAUCCUGGGUUAUGAGGUGAUGGAAGAAAGAGCUAAAUUUACUGUAUAUAAAAUAUUAGUAAAGAAGACCCCAGAAGAAAGCUGGGUAGUUUUUAGAAGAUACACUGAUUUCUCUAGGCUUAAUGAUAAAUUAAAAGAGAUGUUUCCAGGCUUUCGAUUAGCCCUUCCACCAAAACGCUGGUUUAGAGAUAAUUACAAUGCGGACUUUUUAGAAGAUAGGCAAUUAGGAUUACAAGCGUUUCUUCAGAAUUUAGUAGCUCACAAGGACAUUGCUAACUGCCUUGCAGUGAGAGACUUUCUUUGUCUGGAUGAUCCACCAGGUCCAUUUGAUAGCUUAGAAGAAAGCAGGGCUUUCUGUGAAACUUUAGAAGAGACAAACUACCGUUUUCAAAAAGAACUACUUGAAAAACAAAAAGAGUUGGAAUCACUGAAGAAACUGCUCAGUGAGAAGCAACUUCUUAUAGACACUCUAGAAAACAGAAUCAGGACAUUAUCUCUGAAACCUGAAGAAUCACUGCUCACGUCAGGAACAGAAGGCAGACAGACCCUGAAGGUGGAGCCCUCUGCGCUUGAGGUUGAUCAGGGUGUCCUGGAUGAAGAAUCUAGGGCUGAUAAUAAGCAAUACUCAAGUUUUAAUGAACCUAAAAAUUCCGUAUCAGACAUAGAAGUAGCAGAAGUGGCGUAUAAUGCAGAAGACUAACGCAGCUCCAGCGGUCCCUUCCAUUUUUACGUUCCUCGGAAUUUAGAAUAGAGUGACAAAUAUUUAAAAAGAAAAAAAGAGACUGAAGCAUCUACAUUAAACAGCCAGAUUGCACAUGUAUAAAGUUUACAUAAAGGAAAAUUUAAGUUAUUGGUGUAGGAAAUAUAUUCACUGUUGCUUUAAAUUGUCUUUUAGACAAACUUUGUAUUUAAUACACUAAAAACAAUCUAGUUAAGAGUUCUGUCAUCAAGGCCCACAUCCUUAAAUACUGUACAUAAAUUAUUUUGGUAUUUUGCCAAUAUAUUGAUCCAGACUAACAUGGGUGAGCACACUGUGUGUGUAUGUGUUUAAAUCACCAGUUGUAUUAGUUCAGUGGACAUAAAUUGCAUGUUGCUGUCUGUUGAAUAUAUACUUCCUUAUGUCUCUGACCUGAUAUAUUUUUAUUAAUGGUUUAAAUGAGUGGCAAAGAUGAGUUUAAAUAUUGAUGUGUUUAUUAUCUCUAAAUGAAAGUUGCUUAUUUGGAAUGUUACUAUUUACAAGAAGAAAACUUUCUAGUACCAAAGCAAAACUCUGAAAGAGCUGUAAUAACGUAGCUAAAGUGAUAAAGUAGCUUUGAUUUGAAAAGCAAAUCCAUUAAUAUCCAAAUACUAUAAUAAGUGUACCAAUGUAUUAUAUGUUACACUUAUUUAUUUUCCAUGUAAUCUUUAUCUUAAAUCUCUACCUAUAGAAUCAAUGGGUUUGCCUUUUUCAGAAUACUACCUCUUUUAGCUAAUCAGGGCAUACUCUUUUGAAAAUACAGAUUCUAAGCAAAUAGGCAGUCAUACAAAAAAAUAAGAGACAAAAAGCCAUAUAUCCUGCAGAGUUCCUAUGUCAGCUCCUGGCAUUGCGUUUUUAUUUCUGUAUAUGUAAACAUGUUGCUAUAAUGUCUUGAUGCUGAUUUUCUUCUUAAUAUAUUUAGCUAAGUGAUGCACUUUAUGAUAAUUAAACUCCUUUGUGCCAAGUUUAAUGGGUGAAUUUCUUUAGUAAGUGGAGUUAGGAAAAAGAAUUAUAUACUGCCUUCACUAUUUCACCUUUUACAAAAGUCUCCUAGAGUCCUGUGAGUCUGCUUUACGAAAAAGAUAUUUAUUUCAGCUUUGCAUAUAGUUGUCAAAAGUGCCUUGUUUCGUUUUAUAGUAUGAAGUUACUCAUUUUAUUUUUUAUUUCUACUGUUUUGCAUAUUGCUCUUAAUAAGCAUGGUAAUCAUUCUAGCAUUUUGAAAUUCCAGUUGGUAUAUUGAACUGCAUAUGCUUUCUAGAAACUGAAGGAAACUUAUUGGGGAAUUAGAAUAACAAUCUCCAUUUUUUCCCUCCUCUAAAAUGUAUCAGUGUCUUGAUGUACAGCAUAUUAAGAUGCGGUGGUUUAAAAUUCUACUGACAUAGAUAAACAGAUACAAUGGCUGUUGUUAGUCUUUGACCUGAAAAGGAGACUGCUUUUCACCAAAGUACCAAAACGUUUUUAAAGUUUUCAUCAAAAUGGACAGGUAUGCUUUAUCUCAGAAUAUUUUUGACAAAUUGUAUUAGAAAUUGGUUUGCUAUCCUGGGAAACAGAAAGAGUAUAAUAAAAUGGUCUACUUGUUCAUUUCAAAAUGUUUAAAAAGUCUUAAAGAGAACAAUCAUUUAAAUUAAUAUCAUUUUUAGUCUAAUAAAACAUGAUAAUAAAUUUCAGGUAUUAUAGUGCUACAUAUAUGUCUGUUUUAAAAUGAACCAUACACUUUCAAAAUCUGGCCUUUCAGAAGAUUGUAUUUAAAACUUAAAUGGGUGAAGAAAAACUCUUGUUAAUUAGGGAAAUCACUAUUAUUUAUAUAUAUUUAGAAUUUAAUUUUUUUUACUUUUAUAAUGCAUUUUAUUCCCAGUAUUAUAUUCAUUUAAUAAAUUAUUUUUUCAGUAAA